CUUUUUCCUCGUUUCUGUCACCUCCGGACUCAUCUUUCACGCUCUUCUCUCUCUUCUCCAUUUACCGUGUUUCGGCGAGCCAAACCCCUGCCACUGUUAUCCCAUUUGGUCUUUUUCUGCGAAGGGUUUAGGGGCUUUUGCAUUAGAGAAGUGGAGAAGGGGGAAGAGAAUACGAGAACAGAGGUACCUGUUUUUGGUUGAAUCUUUCGGCUUCGGAGUCUGUAGCUUUGCCCAUUCUUUAUUGAAUGAUCCGCGACCGGUAGUUAUUUUGUGUGUGUGUGUGUGUGUGUGAGAGAGAGAGAGAGAGAGAGAGAGUUCAACCGCGAUGGAUCCGGCCGACGUUGCUUGCCAGGUCGAGGUGAAGUUGUCCGAGCAUGUUGUCGUGACGAGGAAGACGAUCCCAGCGAAGAGAACCGCCGUUGAGGGAUCUGGAAGCCGAAGGAGGGUCGUCCGGGUCUAUUUCCUUGAUGCCGACGCUACUGAUUCCUCGUCUAGCGACGAUGACCGCGACGGCGUCCGUCGGCGGGUGAAGCGGCAUGUGCACGAGAUAGGGAUCGAGGUCGGCGCCGCGGCCCGGCGGCGGAGGUCUGUGGCGCUGGUGGGAUCGAAGGCGAAGGGGGAGGAGGCGCCAGUGGUUAGAGAAGCGAGCGAAGAGAGGAGGUUCCGCGGGGUGCGGCGGCGGCCGUGGGGUCGGUGGGCGGCCGAGAUCCGCGACCCGUACCAACGGAAGCGAGUGUGGCUGGGGACCUUCGACACAGCCGAGGAGGCGGCGACGGUGUACGACAUGGCCGCCGUGAAGCUGAAGGGCUCCAAGGCGGUGACCAACUUCCCCGCCAAACCGAAAGCGACGGCCGCCGCCGGGUUACAUUCGUCCCCCACGUCAGUGCUCCGCUACGGGGAUGACGACUGGCCACCGUUAGAUGACGUCGGCGACGGGGGAAUCGACGACUUCGGUCUCGACGCGGAACCAUCGCUGUUAUCUCUAACGGAGUCCUACUGGCCAUGGCCGAGAUUGUGGGACAUGGAGUUCGGCGACUUGGACGCCGAGGAUUUCUCCUGACGUUGGACUGUUCUGUCUCUCGGUUCUUGUUUUGUUCUUAUUCAUUUGGAGUGAGGGGAUCGACUUGUUUUUUACUAUUUUUGUUCUUUUAAUUAUGGGAUAUUUUGUUCAGCAAAAUUGUGUGGAGGGGAGAGUGGGAAGAGAGAAGGAAGCUCUUUUUUUUGUAUUUAAGCUUGAGAAAGCAGUGAGUUUCUUGCUUUAUUUUAUUUUA